UACACUCUCGGUAACGUUCUAUCGCUGUGAGGAGCUUGGUGGCGCCGUUGCAUGACUUCCGCCACAACGUCUUUUUCUCAUAAUGAUGUUCGGAAAUAGAGUAAUAUGAACUGCAAAAUAUGAGUAACUCGACGCCAGGCACCCCAGGGUGUCACUGGAAGGAGUCGGCCAUCUUGAGAGGGGAGAACAAACCAAGUGCUACACCGAACCUCGAGGCAAGUGGAAACAGUUUAUCUACCAGAUGCAGCCUUGCUUCGAGAAAACUCCAGUUCCAGUCAGAAGAGAUAAAAGGACACGCCAUUGGAGCUCCGCGCAUCUCAACGGAAUCAUGGAGAGACAAUCAAGAAUUAUCCCCACCAUUUUACAACACAACAACCAAUCCGCACUUCCCCCAGCCGGCCGGACACCAGCUAAGCCAUCCCUGUCGACCAAUAAAGACACCGGCCAACGGGUCAGGCUAUACAAGCAGUUUUGGAAGUGUUCCUGGUGUCGGUGAAAAGAAUCAAAAUGACUGGCAGAUGUCUGACACUCCCGCUUCAUAUAUUACACGAGGUGAUGACCCCAGUAGCGGAACACCAGGUUUACGAAAAUACGACAACAGUGAACUUAAAUCAGGAAAUGGAUUAAUUAAUGAAUCCCAUUCUAAACAAGCAACACCAAACAUGCCCAUGACUAAAGGUCUUCAAGCAUCUGUUCCAAACAGCAUCAACGAUAUUAACAGAUGUAUUGUGUAUUCAGCACAGACGAAUAAUCUGACUCCGAUUAGUAAUAUGCUGAAGACAUGCCAAGUGUUUCAUCCAUUGGACGCAGUCCCACAGAAUCCCCGGUCUUCUCCUGUGAAGGGUCAAGUGCGGUCGUUGAUGGACGGCGGGGAUGCACUGGAUGUUAGGGGCCUGGCUUCGCGGUUGGCCAAGAUGCAGUCGGAGACCAGGAUGCGGGAUGCACUGCAGGAGUACAUCCACACCCACGUCCCUUCUGUUGAAGGAAGUGUGAACACACUGAUUGAAGACACCGUCAGGCAGAUUGCCACUGUCAGCCUGCGGGACAAGAAUCCCAGGAGAUGUCUCUCCAGCAUUACAACCACACGCGAUUGGAUGAAGCUUCAAAAUGGCAAUGGAGAAGCUGCCUCUCCUCCCAUACGCAAUAACCACAGAGGGCCACAGUCAACAAGUCCAAGUCCGGAUCCGGUUAGCCCAAAGUCCACAAGUCCGAACAAUAGGAAUUUCAUGUCAAUGAAACAGGACCAAACUGGUUCAUCCUCAUCCAAUCGAAAUCAGUCGGAAUUACGUUCAGCGAAUCAGAACUCGCAGAUCGCACAACCUGUUCCCACUGGUUCUCGCGUUGAUGAUAACCCGCCGUCAACAAGUCACGUUUGUAAUAAUUUCAAUCGGCAGCAGCUCUCUCAGAUUCUGGGCGUGUCAUCAUCAGAGAUGUCUGAUUUGGACAUGGGCAACAUGAGAGAACACCGGCUUGUAAAUGAGUACACACUCCCAGGAUGCAACAGUGACAACCGGAAGGUGACGGAGGUCUACAAUGUGGGCGGCGAGCUACUCUAUACCGACUAUGUAUCUCCAGAAGAACGCCGAUACGAACAUUACGUAUUGCAGACGUGCCACACGGCCAAGAGGAAGUUACGGGAUGUUGACAACGGGGAGGGACACGGGGGGAAGAAGAGAAUGUCUUUCUUGAGGGAAGAAUUCACCGAUUCCAGAUUCAUUAGGUUCAACAAUGGCUCGUGGGAUUAAUUAUUGAAGGGUGGAAUUCAGAAUUUUAAACUAAUUAAAGCCUGAUAAAUAUACCAGUUGUGUACUUGGACUUUCUAUGCACUACUCCUUUAGUGUUAUUUAUUUAUUUGUCAAUUUGAACAAUUGUUAUCUUUUGCAUGAUAUAUAUUAUAUAUGAAACGAGUUUGUAACUAUACACAUGCCACAGUCAGCCUAAAUUGUAUGUAAUAAAUUUCAUUGUAAAAAAGUGAGUGAGUGAGUAUGGUUUUACGCCGCUUUUAGCAAUAUUCCAGCAAUAUCACGGCUGGGGACACCAGAAAUGGGCUUCACACAUUGUACCCAUGUCGGGAAUCGAACUCGGGUCUUCGGCGUGACGAGCUAACGCUUUAACCACUAGGCUACCCGACCGCCCCUCAUUGUAAUAAAAAACGUCUGGGACGUAUGUUUUAUGUUUCGGUAAUAAAGGUAUUAUACAACGUCUAAA